AUGUCACCAUUUAUAUCUGUCAUCUUGCAAGUUCUGUGUUUUGUGCUCGUCUUGCAAACUAUGCUCCUCAAACCUUCAACCCAAAACUCAGCUACAAUGUGUAGUCUCCAAAUAAUAUCAUAUUUUGAGGACUAUGAAUAUUAUCAGGAAGGAGACAUCAUUAUUGGAGGGAUUUUUACUGUACAUUCAGCAGCAUUGGAUCAUACACAUACAGACAAGAGGUUUGAUGGGAUCAUUUGUUUUGGACCCUCUGUGCGCCAUUAUGUGAAUGUUCUAAUGUUUCUUGUUGCCAUUGAUCAAAUUAACAAUAAUCCAAAAAUAUUACUGAACAUUACGCUCGGAUAUCACAUUUAUGAUUCGUGCUUAGAUACGAGGAAAGCUCUAAAAAAUGUUUUCCAAAUUUUAUCUGGAUCUAAGAAAACUAUCCCUAAUUAUUCAUGUAUGAAAUAUGGGAAGCUGGCUGGUUUUAUUGGAGAUCAUUUUUCAGUCACUACAAUACCCAUGGCACAAAUACUCAGUGUUCUUGGAUAUUCACAAAUCAGUUAUGGAGCUACAGACUACCUUCUGGGAGAUAGAAGUAUCUACCCAUACUUUCUAAGGAUGGUACAGAAUGACUAUGUGCAUUACUUGAUAUUGUGCAACAUUUUGAAUCAUUUUGGCUGGAACUGGAUUGGGAUUAUUUCAUCAGAUGAUCCCUCAGGGGAGCAAGAAAUUCAAGUUGUGUUAAAAUUCAUGGCCACCUAUGGAAUUUGUGCUGCUUACAUAAUAAGAGCUAAUAAAGACUUAAUAGAAAAGAAAAUCAUUAGUCUACAGGUUGCUAAAACGUCUUCGGCUCAGCUGCAUCACUUUAUUAAGAAGAUUCGAUAUGUAAUUGAUUCAAACGGUCCAAUGCCAUACUUUGAUCUAAAUGGAGAAUUUGUUUAUUAUUACAUGAUUAUAAACUGGCUGUUUACCAAUGAAAACAUUGUGAUAGAUAACCUUGUGGGCAACAUCACACCAUGGGCACCAAAACAUCAGCAGUUAGUUAUUAAUGAAGAAGCCAUAUUGUGGAAAACUGCGGGGAAUAAGAUACCAGUUUCUCAGUGCUCUAAAGAUUGCUUACCUGGCUAUCGAAAAUGCUUGGAUUCUAGCAUACAAACCUGCUGUCACAGCUGUGUCCAGUGUUCAGAUGGAGAGAUAUCACUUACAUUAAACAGUGAGAACUGCAUAAAGUGUCCAGAAUAUGAAUGGCCCAAUGAAAAUAAAUAUCGCUGCAUUCCUAAGGAAGUGGAGUAUCUUUCCUACAUGAAUGAUAUUUUAGCUGUUUUAUUUGCUGCAACUUCUAUUUUCUUUUGUAUUUUAACUCUUCUUAUACUAAAGGUUUUCAUUUCAUACAGAGAUACCCAUAUUGUCAAAGCCAAUAAUAGGAACCUCAGCUUUACUCUUCUGAUUUCCAUCGCCCUGAGCUUCAUCUGUGUGUUUCUCUUUCUUGGUCGUCCCCUGGAUAUAACAUGCAUGCUCCGUCAAGUGUCCUUUGGAGUCAUCUUCUCAGUGUCUGUCUCCUGUGUGUUGGCCAAGACUAUCAUUGUUUAUACUGCUUUCAAAGUUACUAAACCUGGCAGCAAGUUGAAAACAUGGAUUGGAGUCAAGAUGUCCAAUUCUAUCGUUUUAAUCCUCUCGUCUAUUCAAGUUAUAAUUAGUAUCUGUUGGUUGGCCAUUUCUCCACCAUUUCAGGAGAUGGACACACGCUCUUAUCAAUGGAAGAUCAUCAUUCAGUGUAAUGAAGGCUCAGUUAUUGCCUUUUACUCUGUCCUCGGCUACAUGGGGCUUCUUGCAACUGUUAGCUUUGUUAUGGCUUUUUUAGCCAGGACAUUACCGGACAGCUUUAAUGAAGCCAAGUAUAUCACUUUCAGCAUGCUGGUGUUCUGCAGUGUUUGGAUCGCGAUGAUCCCAGCCUAUCUGAGCACCAAAGGGAAAUACAUGGUGGCUGUAGAGGUCUUUGCCAUAUUAACAUCAAAUGCUGGACUCUUAGGUUGUAUAUUUUUACCAAAAUGUUACAUAAUCUUAAUUAGACCCGAAAUGAAUAAAAAGACAAAUGUACUAGGAAAAAGAAAUUAA